AUGACUUUCCAACGAAUCGCAUAUAUUGCCUCAUUUGCACGUACACCAAUUGGUGGUUUUAAUGGUUCUUUGGCUUCUUUGAGUGCUACGAAACUUGGAUCACUUGCAAUACAAGCCGCUUUAAAGAAGGCGAAAAUUGAACCGAAUCAAGUGGAUGAAGUCUUUUUUGGCAAUGUUCUUUCAGCAAAUCUUGGUCAAAAUCCUGCACGUCAAGCUGCAUUAGGAGCUGGUCUUAAAGAGUCGGUGAUAGCGACAACUGUUAAUAAAGUUUGCGCUUCUGGAAUGAAAGCGGUCAUUCUUGCUGCUCAAACAAUCAUUACUGGUAAUGCGGAUAUUGUUGUUGCUGGUGGUGCCGAAUCAAUGACAAAUACACCGUAUUAUGCGCCUAAAGCACGAUUCGGGUCAAAAUACGGCGAUCAGUCCCUUGUCGAUGGUAUUAUCAAAGAUGGAUUAACUGAUGCGUACGAUAAUAAAUUGAUGGGGAUGGCGGCUGAAACUUGCGCAACAGAACAUAACUUUAAUCGUGAAGAACAGGAUGAAUAUGCUAUUUCAUCUUAUAAACGAGCUCAAGCUGCUCAAGCUGCCGGUUAUUUUGAAAACGAGAUUAUCCCUGUGACUAUAAAAGGGUCUAGAGGCAAGCCUGAUAUAAUUGUGAAUAAAGAUGAUGAAGCGUCAAAUCUCAAUAUCGACAAAUUACGAGCAAUUAAACCCGUUUUCGUUGAUAACGGUACGGUGACUGCUCCAAAUUCAUCACCACUCAGUGAUGGAGGUGCAGCUUUGGUUUUAAUUAGUGCAGAGAAAGCACGCGAACUAGGAGUAAAGGUGAUUGGUAAGAUCGUUGGUUGGGGCGAUGCAGCACAGGCGCCAUAUAAAUUCACAACUUCACCAUCUCUCGCAAUUCCAAAAGCACUCAAACACGCUGGCAAUAUACCACUUUCAGCGAUCGACUAUUUCGAAAUCAAUGAAGCAUUUUCUGUGGUAGCAUUGGCAAAUCUAAAGCUUCUUGGAUUAGAUAAAGACAAAGUGAACGUGUUCGGUGGCGCUGUGGCCAUGGGUCAUCCAUUGGGCUGUUCGGGCGCCAGAAUUAUUGCCACAUUAUUGAAUGUGUUGACAACUAAAGGCGGCAAAACUGGUGUUGCUGGUAUCUGCAAUGGUGGCGGUGGUGCCAGUGCUGUUGUCAUUUCGUUGGAUAACAACAUUUCGUAA